CGGGGCCGGCGGCUGGGUGGCGGGCAGUUCCCGCCGGCUCUGCGCGCCCGCCUCGGGGCUCGCUCGGAGAGGACGCGGCGGCGGACGCGCAGCCCUCGGCGCGCGCGGGCGGACGGCCGGGCGGAGCUGCGGGGCCGCGCCGCCCCUGCUCCCGCGGCCGGCCCGCGCCCUGCGGCGGCGGCUCCCGCGCCGCGCUCCCUUUGUCCGCGGGCCGGAGCGGCGGCGGCGCCCGAGCGCGCGGCGGUCGGAGCCCGCGGCGGCGGCUGAGGCGGCGGCUUCCCCGCGGCCGGCCGCCCGCGCGCCGCGGCGAUGCCGGACCAGAUCUCCGUGUCGGAAUUCGUGGCCGAGACCCUCGAGGACUACAAGGCGCCCACGGCCUCUAGCUUCACCACCCGCACGGCCCACUGCCGGAACACGGUGGCGGCCAUCGAGGAGGCUUUGGACGUGGACCGGAUGGUUCUUUAUAAGAUGAAGAAAUCCGUGAAAGCACUCAACAUCUCUGGACUGGCACACGUCGAGAACGAGGAGCAGUACACGCAGGCGCUGGAGAAGUUUGGUGGCAACUGUGUGUGCAGAGACGACCCAGAUUUAGGGAGCGCGUUCCUCAAGUUCUCCGUGUUCACCAAGGAAUUGACAGCGCUUUUCAAAAACCUGAUUCAGAAUAUGAACAACAUAAUCUCCUUCCCUCUGGACAAUUUGCUGAAGGGGGACCUGAAAGGAGUGAAAGGGGACUUGAAAAAGCCUUUUGAUAAAGCUUGGAAGGACUAUGAAACAAAAAUAACCAAAAUAGAAAAAGAGAAAAAAGAGCAUGCCAAGCUUCAUGGAAUGAUUCGAACUGAAAUAAGUGGGGCUGAAAUUGCGGAAGAGAUGGAGAAGGAGAGGCGGUUUUUCCAGCUGCAGAUGUGCGAGUAUCUGCUGAAGGUCAAUGAAGUCAAGAUUAAAAAAGGAGUGGAUUUACUUCAGAAUCUGAUCAAGUAUUAUCAUGCCCAAUGCAAUUUUUUCCAGGAUGGACUGAAAGCAGUAGAAAGCCUCAAGCCUUCCAUUGAAACCCUCUCCACAGAUCUGCACACGAUCAAGCAGUCCCACGAUGAAGAACGAAAACAGCUGAUGCAGCUGCGGCAUGUCUUGAAAACAUCACUGCAGGUCGAACAGAAAGAGUCUAGGAGAGACUCACAAAUUCGCCAAAGUACUGCUUACAGCUUACAUCAGCCUCAGGGAAACAAAGAACACGGGACCGAGCGGAACGGAAACCUCUAUAAGAAAAGCGAUGGGAUCCGGAAAGUGUGGCAGAAAAGAAAGUGUUCAGUUAAAAAUGGAUUUCUGACCAUAUCCCAUGGAACCGCUAAUCGGCCUCCUGCAAAGCUCAAUCUGCUAACUUGCCAAGUGAAGACUAACCCCGAGGAGAAGAAGUGCUUUGAUCUCAUCUCACAUGACAGGACCUACCAUUUCCAAGCAGAAGACGAGCCGGAGUGCCAGAUAUGGAUGUCUGUGCUGCAGAACAGCAAGGAGGAGGCUCUGAACAAUGCCUUCAAGGGCGACGACAAUACCGGGGAAAACAACAUCGUCCAGGAGCUGACCAAGGAGAUCAUCUCGGAGGUGCAGAAGAUGACGGGCAACGACGUGUGCUGCGACUGCGGAGCACCAGAUCCUACAUGGCUUUCCACCAACCUGGGCAUUCUGACCUGCAUUGAGUGUUCUGGAAUCCACAGAGAGCUGGGGGUUCAUUACUCCAGAAUUCAGUCCCUGACCUUAGAUGUAUUGGGAACAUCAGAGCUGCUGCUUGCCAAGAAUAUUGGGAACGCGGGCUUUAAUGACAUCAUGGAGUGCUGCCUCCCAGCCGAGGACUUGGUCAAGCCCAAGCCCAAGCCAAACAGUGACAUGAAUGCCAGGAAGGACUACAUCACCGCCAAGUACCUGGAGAGGAAGUACGCCAGGAAGAAGCACACAGACAGCGCUGCGAAGCUGCACAGCCUCAGUGAGGCGGUUAAGAACAGAGACAUCCUCGGAUUACUCCAAGCUUAUGCUGACGGUGUGGACCUCACAGAAAAGAUCCCGCUGACCAAUGGACAUGAGCCAGAUGAGACAGCCCUCCAUCUUGCUGUCAGAUCCGUGGACCGUACUUCCCUUCACAUCGUGGACUUUCUGGUUCAGAACAGCGGGAACCUGGAUAAGCAGACCGGCAAGGGCAGCACAGCCCUGCACUACUGCUGCCUGACGGAUAACACUGAGUGCCUCAAGCUCCUCCUGCGCGGGAAGGCCUCCAUCGAGAUCGCAAACGAGGCAGGAGAGACACCACUGGACAUUGCGAAGCGCCUCAAACAUGAACAUUGCGAGGAGCUGCUGACCCAGGCAUUAUCUGGAAAGUUGAACUGUCACGUUCACGUUGAGUAUGAGUGGCGGCUGCUCCAUGAAGACCUGGACGAGAGUGAUGAAGACGUGGAUGAGAAGCUGCAGCCCAGUCCCAACCGGCGGGAGGACCGGCCCGUCAGUUUCUACCAGCUGGGAUCCAGCCAGCUUCAGCCUAAUGCCACAUCUUUGGCCAGAGAUGCUGCCAACCUCACCAAGGACAAGCAGAGAGGGUUUAUGCCCAGCAUUGUGCAGAACGAGACCUACGGAGCCAUCCUGAGUGGCAGCCCACCCCUGUCUCAGCCUGCAGUCCCCACCACUACCAGUGCCCCCCCACUUCCACCUCGAAAUGUUGUCAAAGACCCUUUGGCCCCUGUGCCACCCCCUCCUGUGGCCAAGACGCCCAGCAUGCUAGAAGCCUUGAACCAGUCGGGCAAGCCUCCCCAGCCUGGGACUUCACAGGGCAGGCCCCCGCCCCUGCCACCGCAGCCUCCUAGCCGCCUGCCUCAAAAGAAGCCUGCUCCUGGGGCUGACAAGCCGACCCCACUGAUCAACAAAGGCCAGCCCAGAGGACCUGCAGUGGAUCUUUGUGGAACAGAAGCUCAUGGUUCUCUGUCCAAUGCUGUGGGGCUGCAGCCCCCUGCACCCAUGCCCAGGAAGUCACAAGUGACCAAGUCGAAGCCCAAGCGGGUCAAAGCACUGUACAAUUGUGUAGCCGACAACCCAGACGAGCUCACCUUCUCUGAGGGAGACGUGAUUGUGGUGGACGGGGAGGAGGACCAGGAGUGGUGGAUUGGACACAUCGAAGGAGACCCCAGUCGCAAAGGGGCGUUCCCGGUAUCAUUUGUGCACUUUAUUGCCGACUAAACCUGCUACUGAACAAAAGCCUUUUCCUUAACAGCCAUAUUCUUGUUUCAUUACUGGUACCAAAUUUGCCAGACAACCAUUUUCAUGAAUUGUAUGUUAGCCCAUUUUCUCUCUGUUAAGUUUUAAAAACUCAAAGGCAAUUUUUAUAUAUAAGUGAAUUGUUUUUAUAAUUUGUAGUUUUCAUGAAACAUGCUCUAAUUUUAUUAGGAAAAGCAACUUCUUAAAAGGUGAACUGAAGUUGUUUUAAGUACAUAACCAAGGUCCUGCAUCUGUAGGAUGCAUCUACUGCUUAACUUAAAAAGAUGUUCAAUGAAAAAUAUUGGAAAUUAUUCGUGCUUUCCUUAGCCUGAUUCUGGAGCUGUGAUCAAUAGCACAGUUUGAUUUUAGGAAGCCAAGUAAACUAGGCUUCAAAAGUCCUGGACUCUCCAUAAAAUACCAUCCGUUUACUUUUAAAGACACCUAUUCUUUUGAAACCCACCCCAUGUCAAUUUAAAGCAACUUGGAAAUGUACACAUUAGCCUUGUACUUUCUAGCCCUAACCUGUGAGGUUGCAGCUGUCAUGACCGUCUGCAUGUGUGUAUGACCUGUCACGAACAAACUUAGCAGAACUACUGAUGGGUUAUCACAAUGAACGGUGAUAGCAAUUCAUUCCAUUCCAGGAAGUUAUAUAAACUGCAUUUCCUGAAUUUGGUUAAAAACUAAGGAUGAUGGAUUGCAAAACAGUUCUUUAAACUAGCUUCUAUGCUGUAGAUGUUUUGGAAUUUGCCUUCAACUUCCCCUAUCACUCAGAAAGUAGAAUACUGUGGCUCAGACCCUGGAACAGAACCACGGUCACAGCUCUUUCCUAUAGUGUCACUGAUUUCUCUUCCUAGCUCUCGAGGAUAUCCAUGCAGCUUAGUGUCUUGUAUUUAUAUAAUAUGCCAACAGGAAUGGUAGUUACACUGUAAGUCUUGAAAUUUAACCUGUCCAUUUGUUUGUACUCAAGAGCAUAUGUCAGAAAUCUGUAGGUCCCAGGUAAUACAGUCCUAUUGUCCAGAACUUCCCAGUUCUACUAAGGCCAUCUUGUCACUCCUAAACGUACACUACUUGGGGAAGGGGUGGGAAUUAGGUUGUACAUGAUAGAACAAAACUCAUUAGUUUAAUGAACUUGACUGUCAUACCUCUAUUUAGAAAUCAUAAGAUUCGUUGUAGGAAUAUUGGAAAUUUUGGCACUCUUUCCGAAUAAACAGACAUGUGGUGCCCACUUGGGCUGGGAACAGAAGUAAAGGAAUAAAUCCGUAGGCUUGGAAAGCAAGGCACAAAUGCUCCUGUUGCGUUUGUUACGGUGGUACAUUUGAUUAUAGCAGCUUGUCCUUUUCAUACAAGACUCUAGUGUGUGGAGUCUGCUUCCUUCCCUUUUUUCUUGGCAUUGUUUUUGUUGGCUCUGAUCAAGGCAGACAGAAUGACCUAGAAUGUUGUGAUGUUGUACAGCAGUUGCUUUUUGCCUUUCAACGUUCCAGGCAAAAACGUGUUUGAGCUGUAAUUAAAGCCUUUUCUUUUUUUAAGCACUACAUCUGUUUUCAGUACUUAUUAAUUCUGUUGUUUGGCCCCUUCACUUAACCGGUCUCUCAUAGAUUUAAGGGGGAGCAGGUGCAUUCUGCACUAUGUCUCCUAACCGGGUAAUAGCCCGCAUCUGUACCUUAUCAUCAGCCUCUGAGGACCUGGCUAAGUAAUCGAGCUGAUUCACAGAACAUUUGAUCUCCAAACCCAAACUAAUCAUCAAGUUCACUGGUACAAAAGGAAUUCCUAGGAAAUUUUUUUCCAGUCUACAACUUGGUGGUGCUAUUGUGCAGUAAUUAAUAGUAUUUUUGAGAGAGGAGAAAUUCUAUUAAUUCCCUACUAAUAACCUUUCCUACUUAUUUGCUGUUUGCAAAUUCUAAAAAAGAAAGAAAAAAAUUGAGAAAGGAAAAUACUGUAGAUAUCUAUUUAAAGUUUAUGUUUCAUGAACUUUAGCUGCAGGAUUCUGGCAAUUGGCAUGCCACCUUCCAUUGGAUCUAACUCCUGGGGUGGCGACUCACGGGUGCACAGACUAGUCGUUCCUGUGUGGCCUGUUAAGGGUGGAUAUGGACACGCAGCCUAGAAUGCUGUUUUGAGGUGUAGGAUAUUCAGUUCAUUCACUUGAUCACUUCAGUCUAGUUGCAGCGCAACUGUAUAUAUUGUAUGACCUAAACUGAUUCUUAUUUUCAUUGUCCUUAAUGCAGUGAUGUAUAAUUAGAGCAUGUUUAAUUAAAGUUUACUCUUCUUGUUAACUAGUCAUUUGACUGGAAAAAUAAAUAAAAAGUAAUUUUAAAUGGA